UGGGCGUUGAAAUGAAAUCUGUUGAGAUAGUGAGUAAAUGAGUUGCCAAUCAUGCCAGGGUGGCUUCCCCCUCUAUUACUGGUUGGGUUAGGUUGCCGUGUCACCAAGUUGAUGUCAGCCCAAGAAAGUAGAGUGAUACCCACAGUUAGUAAUAAUGAGUGACCAGGAUCAUCAGGAAGACAUGGCCGCCGCUCGAUCGGAGAGUGGUGGUGGCUACGGUCAGAGCCGAACCUCAAACCAGGACUCGCAGCCGUCCCCCCUCGCUCUGUUGGCAGCCACUUGCAGUAGGAUUGAGUCUCCGAAUGAAAAUGCGAACUCCCAGGGGCAGAACCAGGGUGGCGCCACCGCCGAACUCGACCUUAGCACCGCGCAGAUCACCCAAACAGCCAACGGCUGGCAGAUCAUCUCAACAGCUCAUGCGAACAGCAGUAAUAGUUGCACUCCAACAUCUAAGGAACAACCUGGAGAUUCCUCCACCCCAAAGAAUCGCAUCGUUACUACUUCAGGCCAGUAUGGAAUGGCUACUGCAACACAGAACUUGCAAAAUCAGCAGGUACUGGCCAGUUUGUCUGGAGUUCUGCCAAAUAUUCAGUAUCAGGUGAUACCUCAGUUUCAGACAGUGGAUGGGCAGCAGCUCCAGUUUGCUGCUGCCCCCGUACAGGUCAGUGUGCAACAGGAUGCUUCUGGCCAGUUUCAAAUAAUCCCUGGGACUAGUCAGCAAAUCAUUGCUACCAAUAGGACUGGGGGUAACAUAAUAGCAGCUAUGCCUAAUAUAAUACAACAAAGUAUGCCGCUUCAGAGUGUUGGUAUUACCAACAAUGUCCUUUCUGGUCAGACUCAAUACUUGGCAAAUGUUCCAGUGGCUAUAAAUGGUAAUAUUACAUUGCUACCUGUAAAUGCUGCUUCUCUGACUCCAAGCAGCACUCACACAGUAACCAUUGGUGAUAGUAGCUCUCAGGAGGCCAGUUCACAGGCAUCAGUUCCUGGAACUACUAGUACAGCCAGCAAUUUGGCAACAUCUAGUGGUGGGACUUUUUUCUCUAAUGCCAACAGUUUUUCCACUGCAGCAACAACAAGUAGCAUGGGGAUGGUGACUUUUUCAGGGAGUGGGACAUCUGUUGCAAGUGGCCAAGUUCAAACCCAGCAGAGAGUCAAUAACUGCCAAAAUUCUGAGACGACUUCAGUCCAGCAGAACCAGCUGUCGAACAUCUUACUGCAGCAGAAAGAUGGAGAGCAGAGUCAACCUCAGCAACAGCAAAUCGUCAUGCAGCCACAAAUCCUGCAGACAGGUCAAGCGGUUCAAACUCUUCAGACUUCACAAAUGACUGGUCAGACAUUUACUACCCAAGCAAUAACUCAGGAUGCUUUACAGAAUCUCCAGAUUCAAACUGUGCCUAAUCCAAGUCAGAUUCUGAUUCGUACUGUUGGUCCAAAUGGGCAAGUUAGCUGGCAGACCCUCCAGGUGCAGAAUCCUCAAGCACAGACUAUCACUUUAGCUCCAGUGCAGACCAGUGUGCCUUUUAGCCAGACAGGCAGUGGUACUACAUUCACACCAAUAGCCUCAACAUCUCUGCCUGCAGGCACUGUAACUGUGAAUGCUGCUCACUUGUCUUCUGUACCAGGCUUGCAGACGGGCUUGCAGACCAUUAAUCUUAGUACUUUGGGAGCAUCUGGGAUUCUGCAGGGAGUUCCUCUUGCAAUAACCAACACUACUGGAGACCACAGCACACAAAUUGGCCUUCAUGGGGCUUCAGGUGACUUGAUGAAUGAGGAGGGCACUGCAAUGGAGGAAGGAGAGACAAGUCCAGAUCCUCAGCCUCAGCAAGGACGGAGACUACGGAGAGAAGCUUGCACUUGCCCUUACUGCAAAGAGGGUGAAGGCAGAAGCUCUUCAGACCCUGGAAAGAAGAAGCAGCAUAUCUGUCACAUGCCAGGCUGUGGGAAGGUGUAUGGGAAGACCUCGCAUCUAAGGGCCCAUCUGCGGUGGCAUACGGGAGAACGACCAUUUGUGUGCUCAUGGAUGUAUUGUGGAAAACGUUUCACAAGGAGUGAUGAGCUGCAGAGGCACAAACGUACACACACAGGUGA